UGUAAAUACGAUGCUGUGUGUGGUUCUGAUCACGUGAAAACACCCCACCCCAAAAAAAUACUCCAUUCACCGGAAGUGCGGACAGAGGAAAAAGCAGCCUUCUGUGUGGCGCGAGUCGUUACCCUGUAUGGCUACUUAUGAAUUUUAAAGCUCCGGCAACUCGCCAAUAUCAGUAGUAAAUACAUUUACUUAUUUAAAUUAUUGUGAAAAUAGGGAACACUCGCCCUCCUCGAUACGUCAUGCCUCGGAGGAAGACCCUACCUGAUCCAUUCAUUCAUGUUCCUGUAGUUUCUGAUCCAGUGAUGUCAAGGAGAAAUGCUGGCAGCAGCUCUGAUGGCACAGAAGACUCUGAUUUCUCUGCUGACCUGGAACACACUGACAGCUCGGAGUGCGAUGUGAACACACAUGGAAACACCCGCCUCACACGGGCCUCUCUUCGCCUCAGCCAGAGUUCUCAAGAUUCCAGUCCAGUUCGGAACUUGGAGUCCCUGGGUUCGGAUGACGCCGCCUAUUCCACAAGGCGUGUGACCCGUAGCCAGCAACAGGGGGCGCCAGUCACCCCAAAGAAAUACCCCCUGCGUCAGACCCGUUCCUCCGGAUCGGAAACGGAGCAAGCCAUCGACUUCUCCGACAGGGAUCUGAAGCAUGCCGUGGACCACGACGAGUCUCCUCCACGCACCCCUACUGGGAACGCGCCCUCCUCGGAGUCCGACAUCGACAUCUCCAGUCCCAACGCCUCUCACGACGAGAGCCUAGCCAAGGACCUGUCCCUGAAGGACUCCGGCAGCGACCUCUCACACCGGCCCAAGCGCCGGCGCUUCCACGAGAGCUACAACUUCAACAUGAAGUGCCCCACGCCCGGCUGCAACUCCCUGGGCCAUCUUACUGGGAAGCAUGAAAGGCAUUUCUCCAUAUCAGGUUGUCCCCUCUACCAUAACCUUUCAGCAGAUGAAUGCAAGACGGCCAAUGAAAAAACGGAAAAGACAAAAGGAAUGACGGGGUCCCCUAAUCUGUGUCUGCAGGUGAGAGCUAACAAUCGGGACAAGCAGGUGGAAGAGCGGACACUGUCACACAGACAGGAUGAGAAUAACAGGCAUGCCACACGCCACCAGGCCCCGACUGAGAGGCAGAUGAGGUAUAAAGAAAAGGUGACAGAGCUGAGGAAGAAGAGGAAUGCUGGACUGCUGAAAGAGCAGAAAGAGAAAUACAUGGAGCACAGACAGACCCACGGCAACACAAGGGAGCCUCUCUUGGAAAACAUCACAAGUGAUUACGACCUGGAGCUGUUUCGAAAAGCCCAGGCACGUGCAUCGGAUGAUCUUGAGAAGUUGAGGCUACAUGGUCAGAUCACAGAAGGCAGCAACAUGAUCAAGACAAUCCUCUUCGGUCGCUACGAGCUGGAUACCUGGUACCACUCUCCCUACCCCGAGGAGUAUGCGCGGCUCGGGCGCCUCUACAUGUGCGAAUUCUGCCUUAAAUAUAUGAAGAGCCAGACCAUCCUACGCAGACACAUGGCAAAAUGUGUAUGGAAACAUCCUCCUGGGGACGAGAUCUACAGAAAGGGAGCAAUAUCUGUGUUUGAAGUGGAUGGCAAGAAAAAUAAGAUUUACUGCCAGAAUCUGUGCCUAUUAGCUAAGCUGUUUUUGGACCACAAGACACUUUAUUAUGACGUUGAGCCGUUCCUGUUCUAUGUCAUGACCGAAGCCGACAACACGGGGUGCCAUCUUGUGGGUUACUUCUCCAAGGAGAAGAAUUCUUUCCUGAACUACAAUGUAUCCUGCAUCCUGACAAUGCCACAGUACAUGAGACAGGGAUAUGGAAAAAUGCUCAUCGACUUCAGUUACUUGCUGUCAAAGGUAGAAGAAAAGGUUGGAUCCCCAGAGCGCCCCCUCUCUGAUUUGGGUCUAAUCAGUUAUCGUAGUUACUGGAAGGAGGUGUUGCUCCGCUACCUGCACAACUUUCAAGGCAAAGAGAUCUCCGUCAAAGAGAUAAGUCAGGAGACUGCAGUGAACCCUGUGGAUAUCGUCAGCACGCUGCAGUCUCUCCAGAUGCUCAAGUAUUGGAAGGGAAAGCAUUUGGUCUUAAAGAGACAGGAUCUUAUAGAUGAGUGGCUGGCUAAGGAAGCGAAGCGAGGCAGCAGCAACAAAAUCAUCGACCCCAGCUCUUUGAAGUGGAUGCCCCCUAAAGGCACAUAGAACCCCCCGAAACUGCAAAUCCCCUUCUCAAUAAAUCACUGUAUUACAGCUGGCAAACCUGUCCGUAGAUGUAGAGACCACUUGCUGCUUCUAAUGCUGAGGCUUAGGGAAUAAGGGCUGGUCAGGUGCCAGCUGGCCCAGUCAGGGUCCUGAGGGAUGGAGUGGGACUAGCUUUUUUUUUUAUUUUUGUUUGAAGGUGGUCGACAGGGCGCAUUGUUGGCAGUGUCCCACCACAAACAAUCUUUGAACAUCACCACACAAUGGCUACUUUUUAUUUUAUUUUAUUUGCACCCAUAUUUCUUUUUUUUCUUUUUUUUUUUUUUUUAGGAUGAAAUUUUGAAUACCAGAAAAUGUUUUGGAUGCCCCAGUAUUGUUCUGGCCUACUAGUGUACCUGUUCUUCCCUUAUAUGUGUGUGUGUGUCAGUGUAAACAUGCAUUAUUCUUUACUUCGUAGAGUCGUGUAUUAAAAUAGAUCAGCCGGUUGGUGUUGGUUUUGGCAAUUGCCUGAAUAGAACUACCGAAUGUGGCAGUGCUCGUCUUUUGAAGAGUACCUGAUAACGGCGAUUUUACAUAAUGAUCUAAAAACAAAACUGAAAAUAUAAGCAAGUGAAGUACAUAAAAAUGCAGAAUUCCAAAAGUUCAAAGAAUAUGGCAUGAAUGCCUGUGUGCUUGUUAAAUGUAAUUUGAAGCAAGAGAUACACGGAACCUGUUCAUUCAAAAUUACCAACAUGGGUGAGGCUUAAUUGACAGUCUACUCAUAAAAAUUAAGAAGAUCUCUCUGCUUAACCGUAUGAUACAAAUAUGUAGUAUCCUUUUAAAACAAUCUUUAACUGUCCACCCCUGUACACCAUUCAGGCUUACUGAGCUCUUUCACAGUGUGGUUCAGUUCAUGUUUAACAGUCUGUGUGUGUUUGCUUGAACAUGGCAGAGGGAAAAGGAAUAGGUCAUUUACAAUUUGGGGAAUAAUGGUUUAUGCUUAAAUGUUUGCUGGAAAAGGAAAAAAGCACUGCAUGGAGGGGAGGGGGGCAUAAUUGUGACACAUUUUAAAUGUAAUUAAAAAAAAAAUAAAAGAGAGGAAUUUUUAUGCUGACAACAAAAUCUCUUUAAACCAGCGGUCUACCUGGGUGUACAUGGCCAGUGAUACUAGAUUCACUGUUUGCAACAUAAUUAAGUGGCCAGAAAGCUGAGGGUGCCUAAUUGUUCGUCUGUUACGUUAAUGGUUACCAUCUCUUAUUUUAGACCCUAAUUGUUAUGUUGUUUUCUUUUUAGUUUGUUUGUUUUGCCUGUGUGGAUGUUUAACCACUAAAUUCAAAAGCAUUUUAUUUUAGGAUCCUGUUGCCUCACAACAGUGUAAACAAAACAAAAAAAUAGCAAAGAAAUGCAAAAUAAUGUUAACUUUGUAACCGACAAUCAAUUGAACUGAACCAAAUAAGGUAGAUUAUUAAACACGUGGUAACCAUGGAGAUGCUAGUUUUUUUGUAUCUGCAAUUUGCCCAGUUUAAGCAUGAAAUGGUCAUUUAACUCAACAUGUACACUGAAAGGUGUACAAUUCACAUUUUAGGUUGAGUAAUUUGAUAUGAAGUCUGACACAAGAACACGCACGUGCGCUGUAUUUAUGUGUAAUAAGUAGUACAGGAAAAUGAUAUGUUGAAAAGGAUGAAGGCAAAGGUAAAAUAAUCAAGGUAACUCAAUAGCUGGAAGUAUCCCACUUAUUAGUGUGUGCCUGCAAGUCUCAUUCACAUGCUUGUUUUAAAUAAUGGACCAAAAGAAAAGAAGAAAUCGAAUGCAAAAGCACUUGCACAUGUGGGAUGGACUGGGAUACUUUGGUUUGGAGCAGAAUAAGCAAACCCAAUUCACUGGAGGAAAGCCUGCAGUUCACUUGUUCUUCUGAAUAAAUUGACAGUAAUAUUUAGGCAGUGUGGUACAUUAAAGAUUACAAUGCCUGUAUAUUCCAUUUCAAACAUUUAUGUUUCUUGAUUUCUCUUAUGAUUCUUCCCUUAAAUCUUGAUUUAUUUAUUACCCCCGCCUCCCAUUUUUCAGCAUAUUUAAGUAAUUUUUUAUCCUAAUUGACUGCAUGCUGAUGCAAGCAUUUCUUUUCUUUUUUUUGUUUUUUUUUGUUUUGUGCAGUAAAUAAUACUUUCAUUAGAAAAAGUACUGAUAGCCGUUCCUUUGUUAUAUAGAUAGAAAAGUUAACAAUGCAGCAUAAUAAAUAAAUAAAUACCUAGGUGUGUGUAAAACUGUCUUGGCAUGUCAAAUCUGUCAUUAGAAACAAUUGACCUAAAAUCAGUGGCAAUGUCUUCGCAAAAGUCAGAUUCAUGCCUUGGCUUCCAUAUACAUACAUACAUUUAUAUAUAUAUAUAUAAAUAUAUAUAUAUAUAUAUAUAUAUAUAUCAUAUAUAUAUAUGAUAGAUAGAAAAUCUAAAACCUAAAAAAAUAAAAUAAAAAAAUUGAGGUGGAGGUUUCUAUUUUAACUAUUUGAAACCUCCUGAAAUAAGAUAAGUCAAAUGACCUGAAUGGUGCAAUCUGGUAUAGAGUAGUAUGCUUUUACAUGUCUGUGUCAUAUGGUGUCUUAAUACUUUCUGAUUGAAACGUGGCCAUGGCAGCUGCAGUCAGCUGCAUGUUCCAGGUUGGCUUCUCUGUAGACUGCGCCUUAUCUUUGUACCAGGUGGGGCAGAGGGGAAAGUUGAUGGGUUUGGACCUGAAGCCUUAUAGUCACACUCAAGACAGAAGCGAGGAAGUUUGUGGUACUAUUGUGUAUCGAUGAUGUUCAGGUGAUAUAUCAACAUCUGUACCAGCUUUCGCAGAAAUAAAAACAGGAGUAUUGUACAGUGAUUUUAUUUGGCCUGUCUUUCACUCCUAUUGCAUAGAUAAUUAUUCCUGGUACUGUGUGUUUUGUUUUUUUUAAUUAUGUCCACUUUUGUUGCUGCUGUAGUAGAAAACCAAACCACCAACUCUUUUACACAGCAGCAGUGCAGAGUCGGUAAGAGAUUUCUUUAACCAAAAUGUAUUUUUAUUUCAAACAAAUCCAUUUAGAGUAUUGAAGGUCAAAAAGCUAAUUUAGUAAAUCUUACCCUGAAUAAUAGUGCUUUAUUUUUAUUGUCUUCUAUGUGCUUGUCAAGCCUUGGUUGAGAACUAUGGAGAGAACUUCAUACCAUAUAAUUUAAAAUACAGCAGCUUUCAUGAAGAAUUUAACAAGUCAUUGAUGUUGGAGAGUGCUAAUACUAGCACUGCUUUCAAGGUAAGAUUUACAAAAUUGAUUGGAAUUUUUAGUACGUUUGGAGUGUUAUGAAAGGGUGCGUUUCCUCUGGAAAAAAAUAUCCUCAUAGAAUGUGAUAAGUGAUCAUCUCGUAAAACCACGUGAAAGCAUGCAGUAGGCUCCUAACACAUGGCUGUGUUCUUCAUUUAUGUUUCUUGCAAAAAUCUACCCUCUCCUGAACUCUAGACCCAACUGACUUCAAUUGAAAACAAAAACAAAUAACCAGACAGCUCUUCAAAAAUACAACUAUUUUCUGUUUGUUUUUUAAAACAAAAACAGCUCUGGCAUUUUUUUUUAUUUAUUUUUUAACAUUAGUCACAUUCUCAUCUACGUAAAUAUAACUAGAUUACAUGUAGCCUACUGUAUUUUUUUUAAAGCAAUUGAGCAAAACAGAACUGUGUGUUUCCUCAUUAAAAAUAAUAAUACAAAAAUAGUCGUUUACUGGGUUAGAAUCCAAUAAGCAAAAUACAUUCAGGUCUCAAUUGUCCCAUUCCUGUAUUUAAAAUAUCAGAGAACAGGCCCCAAAUAAGGCUGCUAGAUUUUCUGAAAACUUCCUUAAAGUGUAUGAUAGUCUCUUUCAAGGAGCAUUUUAUGCCAAAGAAAAACAGUAGGUGGGUCUUCUUGACUCUGAUUAUGUAAAAAAAAAAAAAAAAAUCUCUUUCCAGCAGAAUGUGGAUUUCCACUUUUUAAAAAUACAGAGUCUGAUACCCUGUUCUUCAUUUUUGUAAAAUGACAACUUUGAAAGCUCUUGUGCUUUGGUUUCUAAAUUGAAUUCAUGACAUUUAAUUGUCUGCUUUGAGUGAUUUGAAAUAAAUGCUGCUUCUCCCAUCACAA